AUGGCGCAGACUAGGUACGAGAAUGAAAUCCCAUACGGGACAUCAAUGGAAGGAAUGUACGACCCACCUCACAGGUCUAUACCAAACCACCCGCUUUCAACUCACACGGGCAACUUAAAUCAUGGGCCUAUUCCACAAUACCCCUCGUACUCCCCCAGUAACAAUAUGCCGAGUGUUAUGAACUCACCCCAGGAUGGUCAGCUAAAAAGAGACAAGGACGCUAUAUACGGACAUCCACUAUUUCCUCUAUUGGCACUUAUCUUUGAGAAAUGUGAAUUGGCCACGUGUACUCCCAGAGAACCAGGAGUAGCGGGUGGCGAUGUUUGUUCUUCGGAAUCGUUUAAUGAGGAUAUUGCAGUUUUCUCCAAGCAGGUACUGGCCCGUGCGGAAAAACCGUUAUUCUCAGCCAACCACGAACUGGACAGCCUGAUGAUACAAGCUAUCCAAGUACUUCGUUUUCAUUUGCUGGAAUUGGAAAAAGUACAUGAACUGUGUGACAAUUUCUGUCAACGUUAUAUCAGCUGUUUGAAAGGCAAAAUGCCAAUCGAUUUAGUAAUCGAUGAAAGAGAUGGAGGAUCUACCACACCAAAAUCAGGAACAGAAAGUCAGGACCAUACAGAUAACAGUACAGAUCAGACUUUGUUUUUAUUCCACCUUUCUUCUAAUUCUUUCUCUCUCUUUCUCUCUUUCCUGUUUCGAAGCUUCUUUUCUCAUUUCUUCCUGGUCAUUCGUCCUCUUUCAACUUCCCUUUUUCCGCUGUUUCUCCCACUCUUUCUCACACUCUUCCUUUUCCUCUUCUUCAAGUCUCUAUUGUUUUCGUUGUUGUAUUCUUCUACUUUUAAUUCUUCUUUGUCUAUCCUAACCACAACAGUAUUUUCAUUUAUUUUAUUUUUUCGUUCUACUCCAAUUCUUUCGUUACCUUUUUUCUGCUUCUUGUGUUCUACCUUUCUGAGCCUCUUUCCCAUAGUGGUUCCAAAUCUCUCUCUCUCUCUGAGCCUCCUCCCCACAGCGACUCAAACUAUUUUUUCUGAGCCUCGUACCAACAGCGAUACCGAUUCUCUCUCUCUCUCUCUUUUCUGA